UUCCUCAUGUAAAACGAUGGAAUUUCUUGUACACUUCAUUCCUGCAUACGUAAAGUAAAUAAUAGGAAUUAUGUUCAAUUUAAUUUUAAAAAACACCAAAAGCUUAAGAAGAUAUGCUACUGAGACUUCUACUCGAAGAUCGCCUAAAGUGCAAACGAUUAGUAAAAUUUUAAUUGCGAACCGUGGAGAGAUAGCCUGUCGAGUUAUUAGGACAGCUCGCAAAUUAGGUGUGCGUACGGUGGCUAUCUAUUCCGAUCCAGAUGAGCAUUCCUUGCAUACCCAAUACGCAGAUGAAGCUUAUCAUGUGGGAGAGGCAGCUUCAGCUAAAUCGUAUUUGCGGGCUGACCGAAUAAUUAAUAUUGCGAAGCAAGCUGAUUGUCAAGCUAUACAUCCCGGCUAUGGUUUUCUCUCUGAAUCAGUCGAAUUUGCGGAGUUAUGUCAAAGAGAGGGUGUGAUUUUUAUGGGGCCACCAAGUUCGGCUAUACGAGACAUGGGCAUAAAAAGUACGAGUAAGGCCAUUAUGUCGGCAGCUGGUGUGCCAAUUAUUAAUGGUUAUCAUGGUGACGAUCAGUCGAACGAUCGCCUACAGGCGGAAGCUGAAAAAAUAGGGUUUCCUCUAAUGAUUAAGGCCGUACGCGGUGGCGGUGGCAAAGGUAUGCGUGUCGCAGAGAAGGCUGAAGAUUUUAUGACUGCUCUGAAUUCGGCGCGAACCGAAUCACAGAAAUCAUUUGGUGACUCUUCCGUGUUAUUGGAACGUUAUGUGCGUUCACCUCGUCACGUCGAGGUGCAAGUAUUUGCCGAUCAAUACGGUGAGGCUGUGUAUUUAUGGGAACGAGAUUGUUCGGUCCAAAGAAGACAUCAAAAAAUUAUCGAAGAAGCUCCAGCGCCCGGUUUGUCUGAUGAUUUGCGCCGCGCCCUAGGUGAAGCCGCUGUUCGAGCCGCCAAAGCGGUAGGUUAUGUAGGAGCUGGUACUGUUGAAUUCAUAAUGGACAAAGAAGAUUUGAGUUUUCAUUUCAUGGAAAUGAAUACUCGCUUGCAAGUAGAACAUCCCAUUUCUGAAAUGAUUACCGGAACCGAUUUAGUUGAGUGGCAAAUACGCAUUGCUGCAGGUGAACCGCUGCCUCUUAAUCAGCAACAAAUAACUCGUAAAGGUCACGCUUUCGAGGCACGCAUUUAUGCGGAAAAUCCUCGAGGAGGAUUUUUACCCGGUGCUGGCCCAUUGCAUUAUUUGGCGACACCGCAACCGAAUGAACUAGUUCGUGUAGAGACAGGUGUCCGUGAAGGCGAUGAAGUUUCGGUGCAUUACGAUCCCAUGAUUGCCAAACUGGUGGUAUGGGGUGAAAAUCGUACACAAGCUUUAAAUAGUUUAAUUGCUCGCCUCAGGGAGUACCAUAUCUCUGGCUUGGAUACAAACAUCAAUUUUUUAAUUGAUUUGGCAAAUCAUUCCGAAUUUCGUGCUGGCAAUGUUCAUACCGGAUUCAUCGAUCAACAUUUCGAUACAUUGUUCCCUCCGGUGAAAAUUAAUGAUACCGAUCUCUGCAAGGCGGCCUUGUCUUUACUACUCAACGAAUUGCAAGCAUUUCAAUGCAAUAAUUUAUCUAGGAAUGAUCCAUUUUGUUUCUCGCCCAAUUUGCGUCUAAAUUAUGAGCUAACACGUCAAUAUCAACUGAAAAUUGAUGAAAAAGUUUAUAAAGUUUCUGUUAAGUAUAAUGACGAUAUCAUCCAAAUCCAAAUUGAUGAUGGAUCUUGGUAUACGGUUAAAGCUGAACGGGUUGAGGAUGGUGAACGUUUAAAAAUUCGCACAAAUAUUAAUAAUAAUAUUUCAACGUUUAACGCUUACGUUGCCGCUGAUGAAGUAACCGUGUUCCUAGAGAGUGGCAAAAUGCAGUUCGAGUUAGUGCAACCGAAAUUUUUAAGUACAACUAUCGAUCAGAUGGGUGGCGGUUCGGGCUCAAAAGUAAUAGCACCUAUGCCUGGUGUUUUGGAAAAAGUCUUGGUUAAGCCAGGAGAUCAUGUCAAAAAGGGUGAUAACUUGGCUGUACUUAUAGCCAUGAAAAUGGAGCAUAGCUUGAAGGCACCCAAAGAUGCUAUCGUGAAAUCUAUUGGCGGCAUUGAAGGCUCUAAUGUUGCCAGAGGGGCCGCUGUCAUUACUUUUGAGGAGGAUAGUAAUGAAAAGUAAUACUAUUACUAGAAAGAAGAAGAAGAAUCUAUUGAUUGUCAACGGAUGCAUUUAUUUUUUUUUAUUGUUGUUUUUUUCUUCCUAAUUAUUUCGAGCUUUAAGAAAACCGGUUGUUUUCAUUUUCUUUACGCAAAGAAUCAGUACAAAAAUUGGCUGUUUAUAAUUUAAUACCUAUUUUCUGUUAUAUAAUAUUGGUAUAUAUGAUUAAAAAAAAAAUCAUAUAAUAUA